AUGUAUGCACUUCCCAAUGUGCUGAUACAAGAUCUCUAUGACAACAUUGCAAAAAACAAUUUUCCAUCAUGGACAUUGUCAAUUCAAGUGAUGACAUUUGAUCAAGCCGAAAAGCACCCCGAAAAUCCAUUCGAUCCGACUAAGAACUGGAAAACUGAUGAGUAUCCACUGAUACCCGUUGGUACAUUGACGUUAAAUGAAAAUCACAAAAACUAUUUUAUUAAUGUUGAACAAAUUGCGUUCAGUCCAUCUAAUAUGGUGCGAGGAAUUGAGCCUAGUCCUGAUCGGGUACUUCAAGCAAGACUAUUCGCUUAUCCUGAUGCUCAACUUUACAGACUCGGAACUAACUUUGCUCAAAUACCCGUUAACGCUUGUCCUUUUGAAGUAAAAACUUAUCGAGUAAACGGACCCUUGAAUGUUGGUAGCAAUGGUGAAGAUGCUCCCGACUACUAUCCAAAUACAUUCCAUGGCAUCAAUUCUAAUGAUAAUCGUUCAUUUAAGCAAAAUGUCUUCAACGUGAGUGGUGACGUGGAUCGAGUAGACACUGGUAACGAUGACAAUUUCUCACCAGCGAAAUAUUUUUGGGAACAUGAAAUUUGUGCCGAUGAACGUAAGAGCAUUAUAUCGAAUUUGAUAACUAAUCUGAGUCGGGUUGAGAAACGAAUACAAAAAAAAGUACUCAAACGGAACUUAUACACUGUGAAUAAGAAGUUAGGAGACAAAGUUAAAGCUGGUUUGCAUUUAUAA